CAGCUGGGGAACAAAACAAAAAAAUUAGCGGUCGCAUGAAUUUAAAACAAUAACACUUAAACUAAUAUUUAUAUAACAUAAAUUUAUAGUGCAGGCAUUUGCUAUAUAAUAGAUUUAUGUUUAAUGUAAAGGUAUAAAAUACUCUCGUCAUAUACUUACGAGAAUAAUAUUCUUAUAAAUAUGAAUUCCCUUUUUUAACUUGAGUCAGUUAGCCAAUCACAUUCGAAAGUGUCACGCGGCAAUAACAUGGCGGGUACGAAGACAGAGUCCAAAAAUUGCAUAACUUUGAAAGGCUCUGCUCAGCUGGUUUCGGAAUUUUUCUAUUAUGGAAUAAACAGUAUCUUGUAUCAGCGUGGUGUAUACCCUCCUGAGUCCUUCACUUACAAGCAGCAAUAUGGACUUACUCUCUUCACCACUACUGAUGAAAAGGUCAAAGAAUACCUCGACAAUGUCUUGGGACAAAUACAAGAUUGGCUUGAGGCAGGACAUGUGCAGAGACUUGUUCUUGUAGUAACUAAUGUUGAUAACAAAGAAGUUUUAGAGAGAUGGAGUUUCAACAUUCAACAUGAAGCUGGGUUUGGGCCUCAUUCAGCCAAGGAGGGAAAGGUUGGUAAUAAGGAACUCAAGAUCAUUCAGAAAGAAAUGAGAGAUAUAAUCCGCCAGAUCACUGCCUGUGUCACGUUUCUACCAUUAUUGGACUGUGUCUGUGCAUUUGAUCUACUUGUGUAUACUAAUGAGAACGCUGAUGUCCCUGAUAAAUGGGGUGAAUCUGCACCAUGCUUCAUUUCUAACUCUCAAGAAGUCAGGUUGAAGUCCUUCUCUACUUCAGUGCAUAAGGUUGAUGCUUGUGUUAGUUACAAGACAGAAAACUGAUGUGAAGCAACAGCAUCUCAUGGCAUUUAAAGUUUGCGUUUCAUUUACAUUGGUCAUGCACUGCAUCUCUUCACCUUAAGCUCUUAAUCUGAUGGAGAAGGGAUUGACUUCAGGAACGAGAAAGUUGUAUAUUUUUGUGGCAGCAGAAGCUUAAUGCAUUAUAUAUAAAUAAGGUGUUAUUCAGUAGUAUAUAUAUUGGCAUCCAAGUCUUAUAUGCUAGAUUUUACACAAUUUGAUUCUUUAUGCAUUCGUGUACAAAAGCUACUUAAAACUGUGCACUUGUAAGCAAACUACAUCAGGUAUUGCUUUAUAUCUAUCCUGUAGCGUACUUGUCAAAUGUUGGGAAUGACACGUUAAGGUUGGGAUUUUUUUUUAUAACUAGCAGUUUCUACAAUUAACAGUUAAGGUUGCGCUUUAUAUUUUCUAAUCCGACAGUCACCUACAAGAAGUUUUAAUCAAAGAGGGAGUUUAUGAGUCAUAUUUAUUGAAGAUUGGCCAAGUGGGAUUUUGAGACAGCUUUGUAAUUCAAUUUUAAGUCAAAUUGAUUAGUACCAAUCUUGUCUUAUGUGCUCGUAGUUUGACAGGGCUUCAGUA